CAUUGAGUGAGAAAAGCCUACUCAAGCCCGCCAGGUUAUAACCCACGGACUCCGCCUGUCUUUUCUUUUUUGACCAUCAUCAUCAUCAUACAAGGACUUUGAACCACAACUCACGAGUUGUAUUUCUUUCGACGAAGACCCUAUCUCCUUCACUUGUUGCUCUCGCAAAACUACACCACAGGGUCGUGAUAAGAUGCAGCGCGAAUAUCCUCCUCGUCUCUUCGCGAACGAACCACUCUGCUGCGGAUUUCCAAUGAGCCGCCACCAGACGUACGGUAACAAAAAUGGUAACGUGAACCGGCCCUACUACAAGUGCAAGGAUUGCAGCGAUAUGGUGUUUGACGAUUGGGAGGGUAUUCGUGGCGGAAACCCUGAUUGUGCCUGCAAUCCCCCAAGAAUUUCCCGCGGACAGAUAGAGAGGGGCAGUGAUUACACCUUCCGCUGCGCGAGGGGCAGAUGUGAUUUUAAGAUGAAUAUUGAGGAUUGGCAGGAGUGAUGAUUCUGUGAUGCUGGGAGUGAUGCCGAUCAUGGACUUAUAGUGAGAAGGGACAAUAGUAUAAGAACGCGUUAAAAAUUAGUCGACGACUACCAUUUCGUGGGAAGUGUAAGAACUGGAUUUUGGUUCUAGGAUUGUUGAAACUGAAAUACUUGCACUUGUCGCCUGUAUCAUAUUUUCGAGUAAGGUCCCGCUGAGAAUGUCGAGUGGCGGAAACCACAACCGAUGUGUUAUCUGUUCAAUAGUUCUGGACAGGUAUAUAUGCAACAAUAACUCUUCCAACUUGGGCUGUCAAAAAAAAA